AUGCAGGAACAAGCAGAAGCCUUCUCCCAGCAGCUUCAACAACAGGAGCGGACGUCAAAACGUAAACUUCAGGAGGCCCUAGAGGCCUUGGAUCGUCAGGCACAACUCUCCCAAAAAGCGGAGUCGGAGCUGCUGCGUCAAAAGCGAGAUCACGAGGAAAAGAUGGAUCGCGUUAUGGGAGAGGCUGAGGCCAAGAUAAGGCAACUUGAGACAGAGAAACGUCGAGCGGCCGAGGACGCAGCUCAGGAAGUCUUAGCCCUCAAGCAGGAAGAGCACCGGAACGCAACAGAGAUAGAAACUUUGCAAGAGCAGUGCCAGCACCUCGCUAUCCAGCACGCUAAGAGCCUGGCAAAGGCUGAGCAGCUAGCGAAACAGGCAGAAGGAGUCCAAGCGGACUGUGAACGCCGGCUCAACGAACACAAUCGUCUCCUGGCUGACUUCCGGGCACUUGAGGAGACGCAUCGUGGGCUCUUGAUGGACACAGAAAGCCUGAGCAGGUCGAAGGAAGAAGCGGAGACCAUCGUGGUGGAAUUACGGGGGCAACUAGCUGAAAGGGAAAAGAGGAUAGAGCAGCACAGGAUGGAAAAUGCGGCCCUUCAACAAGAAAUCAAGGAAAAAGAGGCCGCACGCGAGGAUACCAAACUUCAGCUGCAGAAAGCGGCAGCUGAGGUUGCGCAGCUGAAGAGGGUAGCUUGCUCCAAAUUGUCUUCAGCGCGAAGAAAAGAGGAAAGGCUACGAAGGAACAUCCACAUGCUGGUAGACCGAGUCAAUCAAGUGAUGGCUGAACGCAAUGGGCUUUGGCAAGCGUUGCUGAAAGUAAAAGACGACUAUGACGUCCAUGCUAAACAAAUAGAAUCACAAGCUGCCGCACGCCUGAGUCUUCCUCUUUCCACUUUGGCACCGUCGAUGACCGAGCCGCACAGCUUCAGCAGCAGUGGCCACGCGACCACUGCUCAAAUACCUUCUCGCUCCACGUCCCUCCUGCAAUCCGAGUUGCAGAGCCACUCCCAGCCGUCGAGUGGCCCAGUAACUGUCUUAAGUCCGUUUUUUUCCAUCCCCGGGGAUUACACCGGGGGAGGCACCUGCCGUGAAGGUGGCUCACAGGAGGGGCCCCAACCGACGACAAGCGUCGAUAGUGCUAGCGUAUUUGCACCUGCGGCUGGUGGUGCUGCAUGUAUGCCUGUUUGGGGCCCUUCCUCAACUCCUCUGUCGUUGAAUGGAGAGAAGACUGGAAACAUCAUUUCGAGCUCCUCGGCCGUCGACGGAAUGCUCGCAUCUCCAACAGGCGGACUGGGUUUCUUUGACAGCGUCCUGGGAGGUUUGAACCAGAACGAUAGUAAGGGCAUUCCGUUACAGGGGUGCGUGUAA